AUGUCUUGGGCCAGCACUGAUUUCCUCUACCCCUCUUCAUACAUCCUUUCUCCAUCAGGAAUCACUUGUCCAGAGAACAGCCAUUAUGAGCCUUGCUCUACUGCCUGCCCAGCCAGCUGCUUGGAUUCCACGGCCCCACUUUAUUGCAACGAGCCUUGCAGGGAGGGCUGCUUUUGCAACAGAGGCUACAUUCUUAGCGGAGGAGCUUGUGUGCCCCUGGACCAUUGCGGCUGCACUCUGAACGGCCGGUAUUACCAGGUGGGAGAUGACGUGAUCCUGACAGAUACCUGCAGCCAGAAAUGCUCCUGUAGGCGCCCUUCUCACCCCAUGGAGUGCCAGAAGCAUGAGUGUGGGGCUCUGGAAACAUGCAGAGUUGUGGGCGGCGUGCUGGGCUGUUACCCGGCGACCUUUGGCAACUCCUGGAUGUUUGGGGACCCCCAUUACAUCACUUUUGAUGGGGUCGCAUUUGACUACGAGGGAACGUGCAAAUACACGCUGAGCAAGUACUGUGCCCCCCAGGGAGCCCUCCCUUACUUCGCCAUAAAAGUGGAGAACGAACACCGGGGCUCCUUGGCCGCAACAUGGGCACGUCUGGUAGAGAUAGAUGUCUAUGGGGAGCACAUUGCCAUAGCGGCUGGUCAGUACGGCAAAGUGCAGCUGAAUGGCAUCCUCCUCCAGCUGCCUUUCGACUUUGGAAACGGGAAGAUCUAUGGCUACUAUAGUGGCUUCUCUGCCAUCAUCCAGACCGAUUUUGGCCUCUUUGUCUCUUACGACUGGUCCUACUAUGUGUCAUUUUCUGUCCCCAAGUCCUAUUCCGGACUGCUCUGCGGCCUCAGUGGAGACUUCAAUGGGAACCGGAGCGACGACUUCAAAAGCCCCGAUGGCACUGUGCUUCUGGAUGCUGUCGCUUUUAGCAAUAGCUGGAAGGAGGCCACCUCACCUUUCCACUGCACAGCGGUUGGGUUUCCGCCACACUGUGACAAAGACCUGCUAGACCGGUAUUCCUCUGUGAGCUCCUGCGGAAUCAUCCGCGAUCCAGAUGGGCCAUUUAGACUCUGCAGUGACCCCGAUGUGGCUCAGGUCUACUUCGAGAGCUGCGUGAAGGAUAUGUGUGUCACGAACGGCAGCAAUUUGUGCGAGGUCCUGGGCACAUACGCCCAGCAGUGCCAAAUUCACGGAGCCACCAUUAAGCCCUGGAGAGAGAUCACUGGGUGUGAGUUGCUCUGCCCUGCCAACAGCCACUAUGAGCUCUGUGGACCUUCCUGCCCUCCUUCUUGCACCCACCCAGCUGUGCCCUCCAGUUGCCGGACUGGGUGUGUCGAAGGGUGUCAGUGCAACCCUGGCUUCGUGCAGAGUGGCACCGAGUGUGUGCCUCGCCAGCAGUGCGGCUGCACUCACGGCGGAAGAUACUACCUGACUGAGGAAACCUUCUGGCAAGGAGAAAAGUGCAGUAGCUUUUGCCGCUGCGAUAGCACCACCCAUGCCGUCACGUGCACCCUCUCAUCCUGUGGUCCUGGAGAGUUCUGCGGCAUUCGCAAAGGCGUUUAUGGGUGCCACAAGCUGCUAAGUGGAACUUGUUGGGCUUCGGGGCAUCUCCACUACACUACAUUUGAUGGGCGGCAUUAUGACUUCCAGGGCACCUGCAAGUACAUAUUUGCAGAGCUGUGUGCGGCAAACACAUCUUUACCCUUCUUCAGGGUUGAGGUUAAGAACGAGAAGCUGCACAACAGAUCUUUGUCUGUGACCUCAGAGGUGUUUGUGCAAGUGGGCACCCAUCAAAUACAUCUGCAGAACAAACGCCAGGGAACUGUCAAGAUUGAUGGGAUAACUGCAAACCUUCCAGCCAGUGUUAAUCAAGGAGAAGCUGUCAUUUAUCAGCAUGGAGUGUACACAACACUGAGAGCGAAGUUUGGCCUGGCAGUGAGCUUUGACCUGGCCCACAGCCUUUUUGUCACCAUCCCUGCCGAAUACACGGGCCGUACCCGCGGGCUUUGUGGCAACUUCAAUGGAGCUGCCGCGGAUGACUUUAUGAUGCAAGACGGCUCCUUGGGGAAGAAUGUCUCCUACUUCGCGGCGGGUUGGAAAUCUGAGACUGUGCCGGGCUGUGACGGUGGCUCUGCUGACCCCUACCCUCAGUGCCUGGAGCAGAAGCAGAUCCUCCAGGCAAAAUGCGAAUGUUGGAUCAUCCAGAACCCCACUGGGCCCUUUGCUGCUUGUCAGUCUGAAAUUAGCCCUGAGCCCUAUCUGUCUGAUUGUAUAUUUGACCUCUGUGCCUCCCCAGGGGAAAGAAGAGUCCUGUGCCAGUCCAUUCAGAAGUACGCCACAGCCUGCCAGAGAGAAAACCUGAGAAUCUCAGCUUGGAGGAACGAUACUUUCUGCAAUCUCCAGUGCCCACAACACAGUCACUACAAGCUCUGUGGCAGUCCUUCGCAUCAGUUGUGUUUCGGGACCUGGCUCCAGAACGUCUCUGCCUCUGCUUGCUCCGAAGGGUGCUUCUGUGACGACGGUUACUAUUGGAAUGGCAAUGAGUGCGUCCUGCCUGAGCAGUGUGGCUGCAGGCAUGAUGGGCGCCACUACAAAGUUAGAGGCCAUAUCUGGCUGCCCGGCUGUGCUAAAAAAUGCAUCUGUGACCCCCAGGGCAAUUUCCGUUGUUUCGCAGCUAAAUGCAACCAGGACCAGCAGUGCGCCCUGAGGGACGGACAGUGGGGCUGCCGGAGUUUCCUGACCACCUGCGUUGUGACGGGGGACCCUCACUACUUCACCUUUGACGGUGCGGUGGUGCACUUCCAGGGCAGCUGUGACUAUGAGGUCUCUUACACUUGCAACUCUUCCCUGGAUUUCUCCUUCCGGGUUAUGGCUGCCAACAGGCAUUUCUGGAAACCCACCAUAUCCUUUGUUUACCGAGUAGAAAUCUGGCUCCUCACCAGCCACUCGAGUUUCCACAUCAUCCUAGAGCGAGGCAAAGCUGCCCAUGUUAACGGCAGAAGGACCCAGUUGCCAGCCCAUGUUGGAUCCAUUGCUCUGAUCUUCAGACUGAGGCACAUGGUGGUCGUAAGAACGAAAGCCAACUUAGAGAUCCAGUUCAAUGGGGCCAGCAGUUUGUUCAUCCGUGUGGGCCCAGAGUACCAGCAUCAGCUGUGCGGAAUAUGUGGAAAUUUCAACGGUGAUGCCACUGAUGAUAAAGUCCUGCUCGGUGGAGAGACAGAUCUGAGUGAUGCAGAGUUUGGGAAUGCCUGGAUAUCAAACACCAGCCCCAAGUGGUGUCAGAACGACACUGGGCUUCUUCAUCCAUGUCCCAAACAACAUGUGUUUGAGCGGAAGUGUGCUAUCCUAAUCAGCGAUCCUGGGCCUUUCUCCGAGUGCCAUUGGCACAGAAGCCCCGACCCUUAUUAUGAGUCCUGUGUUUAUGACCUCUGCCAGUAUGGACAGGCCAACCGCAUGCUAUGUGGAGCCAUUGAAGCCUAUGACGAGAUGUGCACCAUUAUUGGUGUGAAGGUGACAAACUGGCGUUGGGAGAUUGGAUGCAGUUUUACCUGUCCAUUCAACCAGUAUUACGACUUCUGUGGGCCUGCCUGCCCAGCCACUUGUGCCAACCUCAAUGCACCCUCCCAUUGCACAAAGCCCUGUGUGGCAGGCUGCUUCUGCCGAGAAGGCUAUGUUCUUCACUCCGGGGUGUGUGUGCCCCGGAGGAUGUGUGGCUGCAUGCUGGAUGGUCGCUAUUACCAGCUGGGAGAGGAAGUGAUCCUGACGGACACUUGCAGCAAGAAGUGUUCCUGCAAGCGGCCUGCGCACCACAUGGAAUGCCAGGAACAUGCUUGCAGGCCUCUGGAAAUAUGCAGAGUUGUGGAUGAGAAACGGGGCUGUUACCCCAUGAAAAACGCCACCAUGUGGAUAUACAGCCAUUCUCGCUACAUCACAUAUGAUAAUCACAUUUAUGGUUUCCAAGGUGCCUGCAAAUACACCCUGACUACCUACUGUGGCCCCCCAGGAAAGCUUCCGGGUUUCACAAUCAAAGUGCUGAAUACGCACAAGGCCUCCCUUGAGAUGACGACAGUGAAGCAGUUGGAGCUCGAUAUCUAUGGGGAGCAAAUUAUUAUAGAAGCAGGACAGGAAGACAAAAUACAGGUAAAUGGGUACCUGAUGAACCUGCCUGUCACCCUCGCAUCAGGGAAACUCAACGCCUAUUGCAGCGUCUCUGGCCGCUUUGUCAUCGUUGAGACUGAUUUUGGCCUCUCUCUCUCCUACGACUGGGUUUUCUACGUGUCUGUUUCUCUCCCCGAGACUUAUUCCGGCUCCCUUUGCGGCCUCGGUGGAGAUUUCAACGGGAACCGCCUCGAUGACUUCAGGACCCCCAAUGGUACUCUGGUUAAGAAUGCUCGCGUGUUUGGAAACAGCUGGGUGCAUGAGAGCUCUCCGUUCUACUGCAGAGCAGUUGGGGCUCUGUCUAAGUGCAACGAGACUGAAGUAGCCAAGUUCGAAUCGAAGGCCCGCUGUGGAAUUAUAAGCGAUGUGAACGGGCCGUUUAAACACUGUAACAGCCCAGAAGAUGCUCGGCUCCACAUGGAAAACUGUGUGAGGGACAUGUGCGCAAGCAAAGACAGCCACAAGACUCUCUGCGAGUUGCUGCAGAGUUAUUCCCAGCAGUGCCAAGCUCGAGGCAUCAACAUUCAGCCGUGGAGAGAGAUCCCUGGAUGUGGCUUUACCUGCCCAUCAAAUAGCCAUGAUGUACUCUGUGGUUCUCCCUGCCCUGCCUCUUGUGCCGAACCAGCUAUGCCCAAGAACUGCAGCUGGUCUGCAUGUGUCGAAGGAUGCCAGUGCAAAGCAGGGUUUGUGCUGAGUGGCAUCAAGUGUGUGCCUCUGGAGCAGUGUGGCUGCUUCUACAAGGGACAGUAUUACCUGAAAGGGGAAACAUUCUUCCAGAAAGGAGAAAACUGCCAAAAGAUGUAUCAGUGUAAUGGACCUACCUAUGCCAUCAUUGCUGUUGGGUCCCUGUGCAGACCUGGACAAUUUUGCGGUACCCAGAAGGGGGUGUAUGGGUGCCAUCCAUUGUCAGAUGGUAUUUGUCAGGUUUCUGGGUUUUCCCACUACGUCACUUUUGAUGGGUGGCGUUAUAGCUUUCAGGGCACUUCCACAUACGUCUUGGCUGAACUGUGUGGGGUGUCCAAGCCUUUACCAACUUUUAAAGUUGAACUGAAGAGUGAGAAGCAGCCCAGCAGCCCAUUACCUGCCGCAUCAAAGGUGUUUGUGCUGGUGAACGACACCCAGAUACAUCUGCAGAGCGGACACAGGGGCACAGUCAAGAUUGAUGGCAUGGUCGCAAUCCUCCCAGUGCAUUUAAAAAACCAAGGAAUUGUCAUUUACCAGCAUGGGUUUUAUGCAGUUUUAAAGACAGACUUUGGGCUAACAGUGAGCUAUGACCUGGCCCACAGCGUCUUCGUCACACUUUCCCCUCAAUACCAUGGCCAGGUAUGUGGGCUGUGUGGGAACUUCGAUGGGGUCGCUGACAACGACUCAGAGACACGCAAUGGAUCUACAGUAAAGCAUGCCUUGGACGCUGCCCUACACUGGAAUUCCUCAGACAUUCUCCAUGGCGCCUCUUCUGCUGUAUUUGGUUGGUGGGGAAGUCUUGUCCAAUCUAUAUCUAUGUGCUGGAUAAUACAGAAUCCUGAUGGGCCAUUUGCCUCUUGUCACUUGCAAGUUGACCCAGAGCCUUAUCUGACGCAAUGUGUUUUUGACCUGCACAUCUCUGCCGGGGACAACAAUGUCAUGUGCUGGUCCAUUCAGACAUAUGCAGCGGCCUGCCAAAGAGCCAGUGUAACCCUCCGGCCCUGGAGGACGGAGUUUUUCUGUGCUGCAGAUUGCCCAGCAAAUAGUCACUAUGAGCUCUGCAAGGCGCCUUGCCAAGAUCUGUGCUUGAGCUCCACAUUUAAACACCUGUGCAGCCCCCUGUGCUCAGAAGGGUGCGCUUGUGAUGAUGGAUACUUGUGGAAUGGAGACAAGUGUGUUCAGCCUGAGCAAUGUGGAUGUAAACACAAUGGGCUGUACUACAAUGUCGGGGACCUUAUUUGGCUGUCUGGUUGCACACAAAGGUGCAGUUGUGAUGCUUCUUCCUCCUUCCGCUGUGUCCCAGCAAGCUGCGCCCACGGACAGCAGUGUGCCCUCAAGGAUGGCAAGCUGGGUUGCAAGCCUCGGCUGGCCACUUGCACCGUGUCUGGAGAUCCACAUUACUUUACUUUUGAUGGGGCUGUGGCGCAUUUCCAGGGCACGUGUGCCUAUGAGAUCUCAAAGACUGAUGGCUCUUCUACUGACCUCUCCUUCCGGGUGGUGGCGGCUAACAAGAAUUUCCUGAGUCCCCUGGUGUCCUUUCUUUACCGAGUGGAAAUAUGGCUUGUCUCCAAGCAGUUCCGUUCUCAUGUUGUUUUGGAGCAAGGCAAAGGUGUGCAGGUUGAUGGGAGGCGGACCCCCUUGCCAACAGAGCUGAAGCAGUUGGCCAACAUCACGCAAAGGAGGAACGUGGUGACUUUGAGAGCGCCCCCCAACCUGGAGAUCCAGUACAAUGGCCGCCAUGCUUUGUUUGUCCGUGUAGGCCCAGAAUACUGGGGAAAGCUGCGCGGGAUGUGUGGGAACUUCAACAGCAUCCGCAGGGAUGAUAAGGUCUUGCCUGAUGGCAAGAAAGCCAAGAAUGAUGCAGAGUUCGGCAACGCUUGGAUGUCGGACAGAAGCCCCUCAGAGUGCAGAAACGACACCGGAGGGUUUGAGCCUUGCAUAAAGCAGCAAGAGUUUGAGCAAAUGUGUGGGAUUCUAAGAGAUCGCUCUGGGCCUUUCUCAGAGUGUCACUGGCAUGAGGACCCAACUUCUUAUUAUGAAUCCUGCAUCUAUGACCUCUGCCGGUUCGGACCAGGCAAUUCCAUGCUCUGUGGAGCCAUAGAAGCUUAUGAAGAGAUGUGUGAGACGCUGGGAGUGAUGGUGCCAAACUGGAGGAAAGAACUUAAGUGUGAAACUGCCUGCCCAGCCAAUGCUUACUAUGAUUUCUGUGGCACAGCCUGCCCUGCCAGUUGCACCAACCUCAAUGCUUCUGCCCGGUGCCCCAAGCCGUGUGUGGCAGGUUGUUUCUGCAGAGAAGGCCAUGUUUUGAAGUCCGGAGUCUGCGUGCCCUUGGAACAGUGUGGCUGCAGGCUGAAUGGCCACAGCUAUCAGGUGGGCGAAGAGGUGAUUCUGACAGACACCUGCAGCAGGAAAUGCUCCUGCAAGCAGCCCGGCCAUCCCAUGGAAUGUUGGGACCACACCUGUGGGCCUCUAGAGAGAUGCAGAACCAUAGACAGCAUCCGGGGCUGUCACCCUGUGAAAUAUGGCACCAUGUGGGCAUUCGGUUACCUCCGCUAUAUCACGUUUGACGGAGUUGCAUUUGAUUAUCGAGGCGUCUGCAGGUACACACUCACUAGGUACUGCGGCCCUCCCAGCCAGCUUCCUGCUUUCACCAUCCAUGUGACCAAUGAACACAUGGGCUCCAUCGCAACAUCUUGGACGAGACGGAUAGAGCUGGAUGUCUAUGGGGAACACAUUGCUGUAGCAGGAGGGCAAGAGGGCAAAGUGCAGGUAAAUGGCCUCCUGGCAAACCUGCCCCUCACUCUUGCAUCAGGGAAGAUCAACGCCUACUUCAGGGGCUCAUCCGUCAUCAUCCAGACUGAUUUUGGCCUCUCCAUUUCCUACGACUGGUCUUACUAUGUGUCCGUUUCUGUUCCCGAAACCUAUUCCAAGUUCCUCUGCGGCCUUGGUGGAGAUUUCAAUGGAAACCACCACGAUGACUUCAGGACCCCCAAUGGCUCCUUGGCUCAGGAUGCUCUCGCUUUUGGGGACAGCUGGAAGGAUGCCAACUCCCCUUUCCACUGCACAGUGGUUGGGGUCCCGUCCUCAUGCAGCGAAACCGAGGCAGCCCAGUUCAGAUCUCAAGGCCACUGUGGAAUGAUUAGCGAUCAAGACGGACCCUUUAAAGAAUGCCACAACCUUGCAGAUCCUCAAAUGCACAUGGAGACCUGUGUGAAAGACCUGUGUGCCACUCAGGGCAGCCAUAAGACCCUGUGCCUGGCCCUUCAGAGUUAUGCUUGGCAGUGCCAGGCCCAUGGCAUCACCAUUCAGCCAUGGAGGAAGACUGUAGGCUGUGAGCUGACCUGCCCAUCAAAUAGCAAUUACGUACUCUGUGGAACUGCUACCCCUGCUUCUUGCUCACAACCACCUGUGCCCAGGAGUGUCUCACCUGUCUGUUUAGAAGAAUGCCUGUGUGAACCUGGCUCAGUGCUGAGUGGCACCACCUGCGUGCUUCAGGAGCAGUGCGGCUGCAGCUACAAGGGCCGAUACUACCUAAAAGGGGAAACAUUCUUCAAGGAAGGAGAGAAUUGCAAUAAGCUAUACCAGUGUGACGAAUCGGUCCAUGCCGUCGGUGGCGCAGGGUCCUUGUGCGGCCCCGGGCAGUUUUGCGGGAGCCAGAAUGGGGUGUACGGGUGUCACCCAUUGUCAGACGGUACCUGUUGGGUUUCCAGGUUUCUUAGCUACAUCACCUUUGAUGGGCGGCAUUAUGGUUUCCAUGGUGCCUCCACGACUGUCGUGGUUGAACUGUGUGGGGCACCGGAGUCCUUGCCAUCUUUUAGAGUUGAGGUGAAGAGCGAGAAUGUGGCUGGAAAUCCUUUACCCGUGAUAUCAGAAGUGCUCGUGCUAGUGAAUAAUACACAGAUCUCUCUGCAGAGAGAACGCCAGGGCACUGUCAAGAUUGGUGGCGUGGCUUUAAACCUCCCGGUGCAAAUCCAGGCCCUUGGAACUGCCAUUUAUCAGCAUGGCUUUUACACAACUUUAAAAGCAGACUUUGGGCUAAUGGUGACCUAUGACCUGGCCCACGGUCUCCUUGUCACACUUCCCCCUCAAUACCGAGGCCAGACCUGUGGGCUGUGUGGGAACUUUAAUGGAGCCGUUGGUGAUGAUUUCCCGUUGAAAAAUGGCUCCGCAACAAAAAGCACGUUGCAUUUGGGUAGCAUCAAUGGAUCUCGUGCCUCUAACCCCAUGUUUGAUCUCAUCCGGUCAAAAUCUAUGUGCUGGAUCAUCCGGAAUCCAGAUGGGCCAUUUGCCUCUUGCCACUCCCAAGUUGAUCCAGAGCCUUAUCUGACUGAUUGCAUCUUUUACUUUCAUCUCUCUGUCGGGGACAACAACACCUUGUGCCGGUCCAUUCAGACAUACGUAAUGGCUUGCCAGAGAGCCAAUGUUACCAUCUCACCUUGGAGGACAGAGACUUUCUGUGGCUUUGACUGCCCUGCCAAUAGCCACUACGAGCUCUGUGGGCCUCCCUGCCAGGACGUCUGCUUCAGUGCUUGGAUUCAGCCCCACUGCCUUCCUAUGUGCAUUGAAGGGUGUUUCUGUGACAGAGGGUACCUGCACAGCGGAGACAGCUGCAUCCCAGAAGAGCAGUGUGGCUGUGUGCAAAAAGGGCUGCAUUAUAAGAUUGGGGAGCGGGUCUGGCUCCCUGGUUGCCGUGAGAGGUGCAUCUGUGAUGGCCCUUCCGACUUCCGCUGUGUCCCAGCCAGCUGUAACCUCGGCCAGAAGUGUGCUGCAAAGGAUGGGAAGCUGGGUUGCCAUACACAGUGGGGAACCUGCACAGUCACUGGGGACCCUCACUACUUCACCUUUGAUGGGGCUGUGGCGCAUUUCCAGGGCACUUGUGCUUAUGAGAUCUCCAGGACUUGCCACCCCUCCCCUCCCUUCUUCUACCGGGUCGUUGCAGAGAACAGGCACCAGGCAAACCCCCGGGUGUCUUUUGUGAGCCGAGUGGAAGUCUGGCUGAAGAGUGAAAUGCUGAGCUUUCAUAUAAUCCUAGGGAGUGGCCAAACAGCAGAGGUCAACCAGGAAAGAGUGCAACUACCCCACAGCCUGGGAGUUCUGGGUGCUAUUUCCAAGGUCAAAAACAUGGUGACAAUAAAAACAGUAGCCGGUGUGGAGAUCCAAUACAACAGCCGCCACACACUCUUUAUCCAUGUGGGACCAGAAUACCAGGGGAAACUCUGUGGAAUGUGUGGGAAUUUCAAUGGCAUCCGUAGGGACGAUAAAGUCCUGCCUGAUGGAAACAGAGCCCAGAAUGACUCGCAGUUUGGGAAUGCCUGGAAAACAGUUACAAGCCCAGCAGGGUGCUUGGAUGACACUGUAGCACAAGAGCCAUGCAAAGAUCCCCAGGAAUAUGAAGAGGUCUGUGGGGCCCUGGUUAACCAAUCAGGACCAUUUGCUGAAUGCCACUGGCAUGUGGACCCUUCCUCUUUUUAUUUGUCCUGCUUAUAUGACUUGUGCCACUAUGGGGUGGCUAAUGGCAUGCUGUGUAUGGCCCUCAGCGCUUACGAGGAACUGUGUCUUCUUCAUGGGGUCCAUGGCAGUGGCUGGAGAGCAGCUGCCCAGUGCCCCGCAACGGACCCCUGCCUUGACUUGGCAUGCGGAGAGAAUGAAUGGUGUGGCGAGAAAAAUGGGAAAUGGGGCUGCUUCUGCCACAGAGAUUACAGCCCUGCCAAACAGGCUGCUUAUGAUUACCGGUUGACAUGCAGUGGCAACAACAGUGUUGUGUCCCUUUCCCGCUGCCUGCUCUUCGCCGAUGGAUUCCCUGCUGAGGAACUGCAUUUGGCAGAUCCCACCUGCACUGGCACGCUUGUCGGAGACAGGCUCCUCUUCUACUUUGAUACUGUGCGGAAGACCUGUGGGACCACAAUGGAGAUCAACACAACCCAUGCCAUCUACUUCAACUCAGUGGAGGGCCGUGUGGAGAACACCUACGGAGGGGUGAUCAGCAGGGAUCGCUUUCUCUUCCUGCGCUUCUCCUGCGCCUACCCACUGAACCUCAACCUUUCAAUGGCAUCUGCCAUCCAUCCCAUCCAGGACAUCAUUAACACCACUCUCACCUCCGGCCAAGCGAGCUACCAGACCACCAUGACUUUGUACCAAGACCCUCAGUACAGCCGGCCCUUCACCCAGAGCCCUAUCCUACUCACUGUCAAUCACAGGGCCUAUGUGGGCAUCAGCAUUUCAGGGGCAGACGCCACCCGCUUUGUCCUGACCUUGUCAUCGUGCUGGGCCACACCGGACAAAGACGCCUCCUCCAGCAUUCGGUGGGAUAUCAUCACCAACCAGUGUCCAAACCCUCGAGACGGCACGGUGGUAGUUGAAAAGGAUGCCGUGUCCCUCACUGGCAAUUUCUCCUUCAGUGUCUUUGCCUUCAUCCCAGAUUUGGAGGAGGUGUACCUGCACUGUCGUAUCCGCCUCUGCAGCUUCCUUACCGCCAGGUGCACCGUGAAUUGUGACAAGCCAGGCCCUGCGAUUGCUGGAAGGAAGCCUCCAUCGGGCAUUGUCUCAGCUGGCCCUUUCUUGAGAUAUGAUGAUUCUCUUGAUCAAGGGCUCCGGCUGGCCGCCAGAAGCUGCACUGCACCCCCCUCCACCAUUCUGCCAGUGCUGCUCAGUGCCAUCGUUUACUGCAACAUUUUCUGCUAA